GCCCGACUCGUUUGCCACUUUUGGAAUGAUAUCUUGCUCUUCUUCCGCCAACCCAAAUUGACCCUGCGACUUUACCAGAAAGGUUUCCAGAGUGUAAUGUGCUGUAAUCCGACCCCAUUCCAUCUAUUCUGUGUCACCAUGGAGCCCCGAAUUGCGAGAUCCAUUGGUGAACACGGAUGCCCAGGAAAGUACCAUGCACCUUCUCAACGAAUAAUGUCAUCCGAAUCCAAAUUGCUCCACGUUUGCGAUAAGUUCUCCGCAAAGGUGGAAGAGAUCUGGAUAAGUUUUGAGGAUGCCGGAUUAAUCGCAACAUUACACCAACUGCUGCAAACGUGCUGCCCAAAUUUGAAAAGUCUUGGAAUUGGUUAUCGCAACAAAUCAGAUCCCGAAGUUCUGAACACCUUAAAUAACGCCACUGGAAACCUGGAGUUCCGUACUCGCCCUGCACUGACAUCAAUAAGAAUAAUGGAUGACACGAAGGACUCUUCGUUCCUUCCCCGUGACUCAAGCGCUACUAAAUUCUGCCCUAAAUUUGACCCAUUUUACGUACCUGCAUGGCGCCAAGUAUCCCGAUUUAAGUAAACAUACAGCCUUGAAGUGGAUCGAGAUGGGUUGGUACAGAAAAGUGGUCCCGAAUUGUCGCCAUGUCCACGGUCUGAACCAAAUGUUGCACGGAGUAAGAGACCACGUGGAAUUUUUACACUUUGAGAGCGAUAUUACCGGCAUAAAUCCGGAAAAUCCGGAAGGUGCGGUCCCACCUUUCAAGAUCGGUUUUAACCUCCCGCAAAUGACAAAGCUCAAAGAAUUUAGGAACGAUAUGCUGAACUGGUUUCAGUGUGGGGUUAAGUUGCGGGACAUUUCCACCGAGAGGAUCCCGACGUUACAAAGUUUACAACUCUUCAAUACUGAAACCGAGUUGGACGGCGUGUUGAUAAGGAUUGUCAAGAAGAAGGAUUUAUUUAGCGGGGUGAAAAACCUGAGCGUGGCAAAUGUCGAGGACCCCAAAUUAAUUUCGGCAUUGAAAAGCCCAUUCCCGAAGCUGGAGAGGUUGUCAAUUAUGCAGAUCGGGAAUCGCGGUGCCGAAAAGCUGGUUGAAGUUGGGCAACAUCUAGCAGCGUGUGCCCCGCUGGGAUUGAAACAUUUAGAGCUAGAACUUUCCAACGAGCUGACGAAUUUGUCCGAGUUUAGCGAAGAAGUUGGAAAUUGCGGAGAGUUUUUAAAAGAUCUCAAGACUUUGGAUAUAAAUUUGUACGACUAUGUAGAGGAUGACUUGGAUCUUGUGCAGAUUGGGGAGGGACACUUUAAAGAGUUUCUUUUUGCGAUGAAGGGACUGGAAAAUGUAACCAUUGAUGGAGUUAGGGGCAGUUAACGUUUUGAUUGCAAACUGGUCACUCCUCUCAACCUUGGCCUCAAUACUGGCCUUAAUCUAUAUCGG